AUGAAAUUCAAAUUCCAUUCUCCGACCGUAUCUAAUUUUAGUGACCACCACUCGUUCCAUUUUAGAGGAAUAUCUACCAAUCCGCACUGCCCGAGCCCGAGUCAAAGUGGCACCAGCAUCUCACCAACCUACGACCUCAGUCGCCGCUACUACCUGCCCCAUCCUCACUCUCACCAGCAGCAGCAGCAGCAUCAUCAUCUACAGCAUCAGGGCUACCUCCAUCAACAGCAGCAACUACAGCAGCAACAGCAUCUCGAGGUUGAGUCUGGAUUAGGUUGUAAUUUGAUUAACCAAGAUAGAUCCAUGUUGCUUCUUCAGCCACAAGCAAGCUACGACGCUGGCGGUAGCGCACUUCCCGGAAGUCAUUUCACUUCCGGAACGUAUAGCAACACAAUGACGUCACAGUCGGCAAUGGCCGACAUCAACAUCUUGGCGGCCUCGUUUUCGCUGCCGAUGCAUGAUUUCCAACCGGACGUGACGUCAUACAGUGGGGAUGACCUGUCGCCUGACCACUUCUCACCUGGGUAUGACAACAGCCAGUCCAGUGGGAUGAGCUUCGACCAGGUGCAUCAGCAGCAGCAGCAGGUCGCAGGAUCUGAUUACAUAGACACAUACAGCUUUGAAACUAGCUACAUCCACCAGCGGGAACCCACGAAACACAGUUCAUACGCCUCAACAUCCACCCCCACCACCACCAACAGUAUCAACCUCAACAACAACAACAGCACUACAACAGCCAAUAACAACAGUAUGAACAGCAGUAACACCACCAUCACCUCAAGUCACCGGGCCAUCUGCACCAGCGCUAGUAUGUUCGUCGACACGGCGACUAUUGACAAAUAUACGUCAGCCACUUCACACAGUAUGGUGGAAGAUGUUUACGCCCCCGUGUUCCCCAGCCACGAACCAGAUUUCUACACACAACAGCAGCGCUACUUAGACUCCACAGCUAAAGCCCACUUCGCCAUGGAUGCUUCUAAAGUCUACGCCAAGCAUCCGUUCUCAGAAAGCAGCACGCAGGACCUAGUAUUCCCCCAGACAUCGCUGUCAUACUCAGACCUCGAACAGAAACCCACCAAUCUUUACGGACACGCCGCCUACGAUGUCUCGAACACAGGGCCCUACUGCCCUGAAGGCCCUAGUAUCUACCAACAAUACCACCCUGCUUUCUAUGGGGGUCAGGGGACCCACUGCUCCACUGGUAUGCCUUUUUCUGCCCCAGGGGUGCCCCACGGAGCUGCCUAUAGGAGCGACCUGUCCCUUCCGAUGUCCGCUCACCACUCAACACACCUGCACCACCCUCACAGGCGAACCUCCCUGACGAUACCAACCCCAGCCUGUGCUGACAGCUUGGAGCUCCAGAAGUACCAGCUGCACUCGCCAGGCACCCCUCCAACACCCCACAACCGGUCGCCGCCCCUGCGAGAUGGAAGCCAGCCUGUCAAAGAGAGUUUACUUUGUGCUGUUUGUGGCGACAACGCCGCCUGCCAACACUACGGAGUCCGCACUUGUGAAGGCUGUAAAGGAUUUUUUAAGCGGACAGUUCAAAAGAACGCCAAGUACGUGUGUCUGGCGGACAAGAACUGCCCUGUGGACAAGCGGAGAAGAAACCGUUGCCAGUUCUGUCGGUUCCAGAAGUGUCUGGCUGUCGGCAUGGUCAAAGAAGUUGUCCGAACAGAUGGGCUCAAGGGUCGGCGCGGGCGGCUACCAUCAAAGCCGAAAUCUCCGCAGGAGUCACCUCCCUCGCCACCGGUCAGUCUGAUAACUGGCCUAGUUAGAGCGCACGUGGACACUUGCCCAGAUAUCCCCAACCUGGACUACAGCCAGUUUCAACUGUCCAAACCAGACGAGCCGGCGUGCCGUCACGAGGACAGUGUCAAAGUCUUCUACAACAUCCUGCUACAGAGCAUGGACGUGCUGCGGGCCUGGACAGAGAAGAUCCCGGGCUUCACUGACCUACACAAGGAUGACCAGGAACUGUUGUUUCAGUCCGCCUCAUUGGAACUCUUUGUCCUUAAGGCCGCUUACAGAGUACAGCCUAACGACGAGAAGAUCAUAUUCGAGAACGGACAGGUGUUCCACAGACUUCAGUGCAUGAAAACUUUCGGUCAGUGGAUUAACUCAAUCGUCGAAUUUGGGCUCAGUCUCCACAGAAUGGGACUGGAUAUCUCUUCGCUGGCUUGCAUGAGUGCACUGGCAAUGAUUACAUUGAGACACGGCCUCAGAGAACCAGAGAAGAUGGAGGAACUUCAGAUGAAGAUUAUCGACUGUUUGAGAGAUCACUGCACCUACAACAGCGAAGCCCAAAGAAAACCGCAUUUCUUCUCUCGGAUCCUCAGUAAAAUCGCCGAGCUGCGCACUCUCAGUCGCGAGGGUCUCAACUGUAUGACGGAAGUCGUUAAAUUUGAUGACGCAACUUCCGCUCCUGCAGUGAUCCAGAAUUAUAUCUCCAAUCAGUUGCCUUUCUAA